AUGGCUAUGACAACAAUUAUUACGACGGGGAAAUCAAAACGUUUGAAUGUGAAUGGGUUUGAGGGCAAGAGAGAAAAAACAAAAUCGUUGAUUAAGAUGAUCGGACAUAAUGAUCGGUCAGUCGAGGCAGCCACGGUAAAGAGCACGAGUCCUAAAGACAUCAAUAGUAGAGCUGGUGACAAAGAUCAGCCGGCCGUGAUCGGCCGAUCUUCGUCAACCAGCUGCGGUACCAGGAGGUCAUUGGCGACAAUAACCAGGGUAGGCGAUCAGACGGCGGACCCUAACCAGAUCACGACGCCGUUCGUGCCGUUCACGCCCCGGACCCGAACUCAACCACGACUGACUUCCACCGGCAGCAAGUGCACGACCAAUAAGUGGAUUUGCGACGAGGAUGUAGAGGAUGAACCGGCGACGGAAGAGUCAAAUGGUAUCGGGACGGUAUGGCAAGACGUCACGUUGCCCACGCGACUGCCCAAGUACCCAACGCCCAUAGACCCAGUGACCAAGUUGUUUCUGAAAAUGACGUCCAACGAUAGAUGGAGAAGAAGGCCCGCCGACAAAUGCACCAAACCUUACUAG